GUUGACAGUUCUUUUGAGAAACGAUUUGAGUUAAAGGUUAUUGUUGAAUCAUGGGAAACUUUGGCAGCUCAACUAAAAAUGGUGGCUUAGGCAAUCAGUGUUUGGGCGAGUGCUAUGGAAGCGGUGUUUGAUCUUUCCGUGAAUGUAAAUUAAUACUCGAACUCAUGUGUAACCCAAGGAAAAGCCAUGUUAAAUUGCAUGUAUUAUGCGCUUUGUAUAUUACAAAGCCUAUGCAAUUAACUUUUUUAAAAAAAUGCAUCUAGUGUUUCCAUGUGCAGUGAUGGAAGACAAUAUUUAAAGUGAUCCAAUGGAAAGGUAUUUCUACACCCUAUUGAACUGCUCCAUCACCGCCCAAAAUUGCAGUUUCUAUUGUGUGCAUUAUAAAUGUAUUACAUCUGUCACUAGAAUAGUUCAUAAUUUUGUAUACUCAAAAAAUCUUUUUUAAUAACGAUUUAUAUUAGGUUGUAUUUAAAAGUGGUCCAUUCGCUAUAGGAUAUGAAAUUUACAUACUAUAUUUAUUGAGUUUCAUACUUUUGUAAAAUUAAGAUAUCAUUUGUGUACUGAGCAAAAAUGUGGAACAUGAUGUGUGAUGUGAUGCCUACCAUUUCGGAGGACAGCAUUUCUCAAAGAAGUGGACAAUUCAAUAAUGAUGAAUCCAACUUUGAGCAAUUGAUGGUCAAUAUGUUGGAUGAAAGAGAUAAAUUAAUGGAAAACUUGAGAGAAACUCAAGAGAAUAUGCAAGAAAUACAGUCUAAAUUAUCGGAAGUUGAAAGGGAAAGAGAUUCUCUCCAGCGGCAGUUACAAGCAAAUUUGCCUCAGGAAUUUGCUACGCUAACAAAAGAAUUAAAUCAAGCCCGAGAGCAAUUAUUAGAAAAAGAAGAAGAAAUUACAGAGCUCAAAGCUGAGAGGAACAAUACCAGGUUGCUCUUGGAGCAUUUGGAGUGCCUUGUUUCACGUCAUGAACGAUCCUUAAGAAUGACUGUAGUCAAAAGACAAGCACAGUCUCCUGCUGGUGUAUCUUCGGAGGUGGAAGUUCUUAAAGCCCUCAAAUCAUUAUUUGAACACCAUAAAGCUUUAGAUGAAAAGGUUCGAGAACGGUUGCGAGUUGCUUUAGACAAAGUCACUACAUUAGAAGAGGAACUUAGUAAAGCAAAUGAAGAGCUUAAUCAGUAUAAAACCAAAGGUGUAACAUUAGAAUUAAAAGAAGAAAGAAAGCCUGCUAAUGGAGAAGAAGCUACUCAUAUUUCCAAGGUUUCUAAUGGAACAGCAGAGGCUGCUGCUGAAGCAGCCCGUGUUGUUGAAAUGCAGGAAACGCUAGAAAAGGUCAACUCUGAGCUGAGUGCAUCACGUAGUAAAAUUGCUGAACUUAGUGCCAAAAUUAGAGAGCAAGAAGAAUGUGUGUCUGCCGCUCAAAAAGAAAUUUCUAGAAUGCAGGAGGAAAAUGCUAGGCUGGCUCGAGAUCUUAAAGAGAAUAAUGCCCAGAAAGAAGAUCAGGAAGAGAGAAUAUCAACCUUAGAAAAAAGAUAUUUAAAUGCUCAGCGUGAAUCAACAUCACUACAUGAUUUGAAUGAAAAAUUAGAACAAGAAUUAUCUAAUAAAGAAGCACAGUUAAAAUUGAGUGAAGAAAAAUGUCGAGCUCUUCAAGAAAGGUUAGAGCUUACAGAACAAAAAUUAGCUCAAUUCUCUCGUAAAGCAGAAGCUGCUGCAGGAGAAGCUUUGGCUCAGGUUCAAGACAGACAUGGUAGUGUGGAAGAUAGGAUACAACGGUUAGAACAACAACUAGAAGAAAAGGGCAAUGAAUUGAUUAGAUCUAGGCAAAGAGAAAAAAUGAAUGAAGAACAUAACCAAAGACUUUCUUCGACUGUUGAUAAAUUGUUAGCAGAAUCAAAUGAACGGCUGCAGUUGCAUCUAAAAGAACGAAUGCAUGCUCUAGAAGAAAAGAAUUCCCUGGCUCAAGAGCUUGAAAGAACAAGGAAAGUUUUGGAAGAUACUCAAAGUGAAAAGGAUAAAAUAGUAACAGAUUUAGCUAAAAUGCGAAGCGAAAUGGAAACUCUGCGUAGGGAUUACCAGCAGUUCAAGGCAGAAAGUUUAACUAGGUUAAGUGCUGCUCGAACACUUCCACAAACUUCACCUCAGUUUCCAACUCGUUCUGCACUAUCUCCUGGAGCUGUUGUUACAAGUUCUAUCUCACCUAGUCGUACACCAGCCAUUGAUGCAACGGAUGCAUUUCAUAUGGUUUCUGGAAUCGAUUACAUUUCACCUAAUGCAUCAAUUAAUCGAAGAAUUCAAAGAGGUAGACAAGCUGCUUUGGAAGAAGAUGCUACUAAAGUUCAAACCUUGAAUGAACAAGAAUGGGAGAAAAUGGAGCAGGCUCAAGUUUUAGCUAGUGUUCAGCAUGCCUUUGAUGCCAGUGAUACAGAAUGUAGUCAAACAGAUGAUAAUGAGAGUAUAUUUGAGUCAAUGGACAUGCUAUCACCAUCUGCCCAUACAGAUGCACAAACAUUAGCUCUUAUGUUACAAGAGCAGCUGGAUGCAAUUAACAAUGAGAUCAGAUUGAUCCAGGAAGAAAAACAUACAACAGAACAGAGGGCAGAAGAACUAGAAUCUAGAGUCGGUAGCAUAGAAACAAUAAGUUUGCUUGCAAGAGGAAGAUCUUUUGAAAGAAAUUCUCCUCCGCAGAGUGGCAGGUCUACUCCCAAGUCACAUCAUAGCCCACAACGGGAUUACAUGCAGAAAUAUCCAACUAUGAGUCAAGUUGAUAGCAAAGAUGAUAAUAGGUUACUACUACGAAGGGACCCAAGUCCACCAACUCCCCGUUCUGUUAGAUUAGAAAGAGUUGCCAGAGCUUUAGCUGAAAGUUCUGAAGAACUUCGGAGAAGUGUUGGGUAUAACAUUCCUCAUUCUUCGCUUGCCAUGACAUCCAUCUCAUCUACCAUGCCUCUUUCUUCUCAGGAUAUGUUCCUUGGUUAUCCUGAUUUGGUCCCUGAAAUGUCCCAUUCCCGGCUUUUGCUCGAAGGACCCUCCCAUAGCUCCCCUUCUUCCUCUCAUAGCUCUACAUCUGAGGAUUCUUUGCAUAGGACCCCUCAAAAGAAGAAAAGCAUCAAAUCAUCAUUAGGAAGAUUAUUUAGUAAAAAGGACAAAGUCAAAGUAAAAGAAGGUUAUGGAGUCACAUCACCAGGAGUAACUUAUAUGGAUGCAGAUCCUGGAGUAAGCGAUCCUGUCAGUAUGUCUGGUGGUAUUGGACAAAAAUCUGAUCAUGAUAGAAGAACUAAAAAGAAGCAUGAACUUUUAGCUGAAUCAAUGAAAGCUGGAACACCUUUUGCCCUUUGGAAUGGCCCAACAAUUGUUGCUUGGCUAGAGCUGUGGGUUGGAAUGCCUGCCUGGUAUGUUGCAGCAUGCCGAGCAAAUGUUAAAAGUGGUGCAAUCAUGUCUGCCUUAUCUGACACAGAAAUUCAAAGAGAAAUAGGAAUAAGUAAUCCUUUGCAUCGUUUAAAAUUGCGACUUGCAAUACAAGAAAUGGUUGCUCUUACUAGUCCUUCUGCUCCCAAACCAUCUAGAACUAGCUUAGCAUUUGGUGAAAUGAAUCAUGAGUGGAUUGGAAAUGAAUGGUUACCCAGUUUAGGAUUGGCUCAAUAUAGAUCUACAUUCAUGGAAUGCUUAGUGGAUGCUCGAAUGUUAGAUCAUUUAACUAAAAAAGAUUUAAGAAUGCAUUUAAAAAUGGUGGAUGGCUUUCAUAGGACAAGUUUACAAUAUGGUAUAAAUUGCUUAAAACGAUUAAAUUACAACAGAGAAGCCUUAGAAGAAAGAAGAAAGCUUAGUGAGCAUGAAAUCAAAGAUGUCUUAGUAUGGUCAAAUGACAGGGUAAUAAAAUGGGCAGACAGUAUAGGUCUUCGAGAUUAUUCAGUUAAUCUCAUAGAUAGUGGUGUUCAUGGAUCUGUGAUAGCAUUGGAUGAAAGUUUUGAUCAUGCUGCAUUGGCUUUGGCUCUCCAAAUACCCACUCAAAAUACUCAGGUUAGGCAAAUUUUAGAAAGAGAAUUUAACAAUCUGUUAUUGAAAGGUACUGAAAGGAGACCAGAUGAGGAAAAAGGACUAGCAUACUCUUGAUAUUUAGCCAUUGCUGUUGUGAAGUUGCCCUAUUGUGAGCUGCAUUUAGUUCUGCUUGAAACGCAUGCAUGUAGUAUACCAGAUCAGAACCUUGUGUUUAGUAAGGUUCUUGGUGUCAUGUUUGCUGUAUUGUUAACAUUUGCAGGGUGUCAAGCAUCCAACCCACACAGUGGCAGCUCUUCACAGCGUACAAGGGGACAGACUUGUUUGAAAUAAUGAAAUAAAUAAAAGUAUAAAAUAUAUCCAGAUAAGCAGAUUGUGAGAAGCAGCGGGCUGCUAUGUUUCUUAUGCAUGUAUAUGUAUGUAUAAAGAAAACUUUUGUGUGUGGUGUACCUGAAGAUUACAAGGGCUGUGCAAUUUCUACUGGAUAUGUAGGAUGCCGGCAUUUAAAGCACGUGUGGAGAGAAUGCAAGAUUUUUUUUAGUUGUUGGUGGAGCCUAUGGAUACCUGAAAAAAAAAAGUGAAAUGCCAAAACAAAACCAAAGAAGGCAAUGCAUACCUCCUAAAACUGUCGAUUACCUCUGUUGCUCUUAUUUAUUUUUUAUAUGUUCAAAAAUUAGAACAAAUAUUUUUAAAAUAUGAAGUGAAAGGAUUUUUUUUAUUAUUCUUUUAUUAUUGAACUAUGGAUGAAUGAUAGAAGGUAAUUUUUAACAAUGCAUAUCCUUGAUUCUUCAAAUGUUUUCAGUCAAAUAAAAAUUUUCAUUUCAUUUUUCAAAUAUUUUUUUCUUUUCUGUAUGACAAUAAAUAUGUAAAUAUGAUGUAUAAUUUUCCUUGUAUAAAUUGGAUAUUUCAAGUAAGAUGCAUAUUAUGCAGAACAUACAUUUAGUACUCUAAAGGCAGCUCAUUUUAAAAAUGGUUUGCUGUUUAGUCAUGUCUGCAUGCAUUAAAGAACUUAUCAUCAUUGAAACAAAUAUGUUAAUUUAAAAUUUCUAAUGAAAAUCUUGCCAUCAAAUCAGUGUUUGUAAUAUUUAUUCAAGAAACCAUUCCACUCAUUAGUAAAAUUGUGUAUUGUUUUCACUUUCUAUUUUGAAAUAUAAAAAGCAAGCAAAAUGACAAAUUUUAUAUCUGGAAUGCGAGAUUUUUUUAUAAAUUCAACUGAAAUUAUUUGGAGCAUUUGAAUUCAUCACGUAUCAUCUGAAGUUUUUUGUUGGAAGAAAAAAGUACUUUUUAAAUAUUUUUUUUGUGCAAAUUGUACAUAUAAAAAAAAACUAUGUAUUUCAUGCACGCUUUAAUCUUAGUAUAUCUUUUAUGUUUCCCUACAUCGCAGUUGCAGCUUGCAUGAAUGUGUUAUUACACUUUUUUAUGUAAUAAUCUAGACUAAAAAGUGUAUGUACUGGCAACUUGUUUUAAAGCAUAUGUUAAAUUAACUGACUUUACAAUUCUAGCUCUAUUAUAAUUUAAGGGGAAGGAUUCAAAUAAGGAUGUGAUAUCAGUCAGGAAUCUCUUCUCCUCCUAUCUAAUUUUACAGUUCUUAUCCAAAAUAAUUUGGAGCACAGAUUAUAAAAACAUUCUCCAUGUUUCAUUUUAAAUGCAUUUUGUAAUCUUAUCUUUGAUAUAAAAUUUUAAUUUUUUUAUAUAAAAUUAUGUCUGAUAUUUGAAAUUUUCACAAGCAGAUUGUUUUUGUGAUAACUUAGUCAUUUACACAUUCAAGAAGUCAUUGAAAAUUUUAAAGCAUCUUGAAUGUUGUUAGUUGUUUGCUUUAUUUCUAAGUCAGCAAUGUAAAUUAUACAGUUAUAUAAAUAUCAACUGAAAUCAUAUUAGUAUGUGCAUUUAUAAAAUGCAAGAGCUUUUGUAUAAUAUAUUCCAUAAGAGCAUAUUUUGUUAAGUGCACUGUUAAUAUUUUCUAAUGUUAGUUUCCUUUAAGGUAGCUGACAAUAAAAUUUCCAGGACAGCUAUAAUACAUCAGUUUACUUAAUAGCAUUGUUUAUUUUUUGCUAUUUUUUUAUUAGCUGAACAUUUUGUCACCUUAUUUAGUUGCAGGUGUUAGUGCUUUUUGUUAGAAAAAUAAACAGUAUAUUUGUUUUUAAAAUUUAAUCUUGAAGCUGUUUGUCUUUUAAUAAUAUUUUUACAUUCAUUAUAUUUGUAUUUGAAUCUUAGUUUGUAGCUAUUUAUAUUUCAGAUGUUUUUGUUCAUAUGUUUUGUAAAUGUGAAUAAAAAUUAAAUUUAUUUUUUUUCUUUUUGACUAAUGAGAAAAUAUGCUCUUAAGACAUCUAAAAAAAAUUCUUUCAAAAUAUUUUAAGGAUUGAUUUUAGUGGGGCAAAAUUAUUAUACAACUUUCUCUGUGGUCAUUAUGGCGUUUUUCUAAUUUCUUGUUGAAACCUAAAAAGUUUUUUAAUGUUUACUUUUAUUUGUUCUUUAUUGUAUAAAAGGAAAAUUAAAGUAAAUAAUAGAAUUUAUUGUUUUAAUUAGAUGGUGAAUUUUAAUACAAUUAAAAUAAAAAUAUUUGCAAAUUAAUAGUGCAUUUCAUUUGCUGAAAAAAUAAAAAUAUUUUAAUUUCUUGCAUUUUAAAGAGUUAGUAAUUCAAUUCCCCUAGGUUAUAUCAAAUAUCAUGAAUGUUAUAAUGUUCAACAUAAUUUCCUUUAGUUUUUCUUAUUAGUGCUUCUUUUGAAGUGUGUAUUUGUUGUUUAAACGCAGUUGAACCUCUGUUUAUUGAACUUGCAUUUAUUUGUCCCUGGAAAUCUCUUUUGUCUGAAAUCCUCUAUCGUGCCUUUAUUUACAUAUUUGUGGAAAAAAUUUCAACAUAUCAAAAUUUAUAUAGUUUACUUACUAAAAACACCUAUGCAUAAUUAAUUUUUUAGGACUAAUUAAAACUUAAAAGAAUUUAAUUGCUAAACAAACUCAUCAUUUUAAUGUAUAAUGCAAUUAAUUUAUUUUUUUUAAUUUCGUGAUAAUAUAACUGUUGAAAUGUCAUACGUUUUGUCAAAUCUAUUUUUUGUCCUGCUUUCUACGUCUUUUUUAAAAAGCUGAACUUUUCCUUCCUAUUUUAAUAUUUUUGUUUGGUAUUUGUAGUAUUAUGUAUAAAUAACAUAUAUGAUAAUAUUAUAUGUAAUUAUAAGAAUUCUGAAGCUAUACUCAAUUUUAAAGAAAAAUGUUGUUCCAAGUUAGAAAAGAGAUUUGUAGAACAAAAGCUAAGGACAUAUACAACUCGCGAGCAUUUUAUUCUGUUUCUUAAAUGAUUUUCAAACUUCUACGAAUUUGUUACAGUAAAAAUCAACAAAGCCUUUUUCCCCCUUUUUUAAUUCUUUCUUAUAAAUAAAAGUUAUGGCAGCUUUUUAAUGACAAUAAGUAUGUAUACUUUUUUUUCUAAAAUGCAGAAAUUGUUUUGCUAUAGUAAAAUUUCUAAUUCUGAAAAAAAAAAUUCCUUCUAUAUGGGGGUUCUACUGUAUUGUUUUUAUUAAAUACCUAAACAUACUGAACUUUGGAUUAAUUUAAAUGUAAACAUCUAAGAAUCAAGCUGAAACCUACUCAGUUAUGAAGAAGUGUCAUGAGAACAGUUAACAAAUACUUCAAAUCAACAAAGUUCUAUUACUUUUUUACUAUACUGCUUAGUCAUUCAUUUUAAAGUGAAUGAGAAAUGAAGAUGCAGGAUUUAAAUAAAGAGAAAAAUAUGGAAUGGAAUUACUAGCUUCUUUCCUUUGUGAUUUAUUUUUCAUCAUUCUUGUUUUUAAACUGUGCAUUUCAAAGUGGUUAUAAACUGUUGAAAGCUUCUAUGUGAACAUAGCUCUUCCUCUGUAUGAUACUCUGGGAAAAAAGUAUGUACAACACACAAAUUAAUAUUUUGCCCACUGCCAAAUAUCCAUUUCUGUAAGAGCAUUGCUAUGCAAAGUUCUGUUUUGAAAUGUCCAUACAUUCCCCCAGAGACAAAUACUGUUGCUUCUCUGUCAUUCCCAUGAAACACAUGUGCACAAACUAUAUUUCAAGCAUAUCAUGCUCUGUUUGCUGCCUUUAAAUCUUGAAUGAGAAAUAACAGUUGUAGUGUGUUUUGUGUUUGAUUGUUCAUAAGCUUCAUUGGACAGCUGGGAUAGUUAUAAAAUUUUGCCAACAAUAAAUUUUUACUCCCUUUUUUUUUUUUUUUUUUGCUGAAAUUUGAAUGGAUUUGGUGUAAUAUGAAAAAAUAUUUGGUUCAUCCAUAGAAGCAAAGGAAAAAAUGAAUUGUUUAAAAUUAAAAAUGUAUUGAAUUUGUAAAUUUUAAUUGAAUUUUAUUUAUCCUACUCUGUAAAAUGAGCUAGAUUUAUUGUAUAAUCGUUUUUUUUAACAUCAUCAAAAGCACAUAAUUAAUAAAAUUUAGGAUUGAAAUGAAAUCUCCAAUUGCUAAAAUGAUUUUUUUAAAAAUAUUUAAACAGAUUAUCUGAUGUCAGACAGCUAUAUUUGACUAUUCUCUUUAACAUAUUAUUGCCAUUAUUCAUACCUGUGAUUUGAACCACUAUCUAAUAAGAUCCUUAUCUUUUAGAUAGCUUUCUAAAAGAUAAGACCCUCAUUUUAUUGGAUCUCCUUUGCUAUAUAUAUCUUAAUUGUAGUAGAAAAGCGAAUAUCAAAUUAGAUAGUAGAUCACAGGUGUUUCACAUAACAUCUUAAAACAAAAAGAAAUAAAUAUAAACAUGUUCUACUCUCAUUAAAUUCUACACUGAAUGAGAACUUUUUCUGUCACUCAGAUACAGGUGGCAUGGAAGUCAUUGUGUUAAACACAGCAGAAGAAAGUUACUCAAUCUAUUUAAUCAGUAAUUUAUGACUAAUUAGUCCAGUAAAGGAGUUCAUUGGCUACUUCCUAUUUACUACUUCAACAGUCGAAAGAUUUGCUGUGACUUGAGGCAUGUUAGAAUGACGCAAUAUUAAUCUCUCAUAUUAAUAAAUGCUGGUUACCCAGCAUUAUUCAUGUUUUUUUAAAUGUUGCCUUUUUUGUUUUCGUAUACAAGAAUUUAGCUUAUCUUUCCAAACUUACAUAGUUGAAUCACAGGUUGUAUCAUCUGAAUAUUUUUCCAAAAUUAUUUUUAUUUGAUGGUAAACAUAUUUAACCUUUAAAUAAACUAAAUUUUCCUGUAGAAUUUAGGAUACUUUUGUAAUAGAGGUGUCAAUAUGCAUGUGAUAUUUUUUUUUUUUUUUAAUAUUACAAAAUGCAUUGUCUUUUUUAAUCAUGGACCAAUAAUACAUGUUAAUUUUGGAUCAGCUUACAUGCAUUUAUUUACCUAGCAUUUAUUCUCCAAAUUCUAUUUUCCAAGUUUUUAUUUUCAAUUUCAGAAUGUUCAGUGUUUUACUUUAAAUUUAACUAAAAAUGUUGGAUUGAAAUUUAAGAUUUUUUUUAACAAUGUUUUAUUUUUGUUAUGAAAAUGUAUUUUAUAUAAAUAUUUUACCCCAAUACUACUCAUUCCUCCCUCUUCUCCCGGUGGUAUUUGCCCCUGCCAUUUUGUUCGUGUAUUUCAUUCUAAUUAGAAGAAUGGUCUUAAUACCUUAAGCUUUAGAAAUAUUCCGAUUUCAGAAGUACAAUACCAGCUGUUCAAAAAAGCUUGUGUUUAAUAGCAAUGCAUGAAAGUACUCACCUUCAUCAUGAAAUUAUGCCAAGAAGCGACUGUCAUUUCACACUAAUGACUUUGUGUGUAUGAGUGUGAUAGAUUCGUCUUCUUUCCUAAAUACGACCAAGUGCUUCAUCAUCACCGUCAUCUUUGUUGUACAAAUAAGACAUGAGCCUGUCUUCUUACAGUGGCAGUGUAUUAUAGAAAGCAAUAGGAGAAAUACAAAAAUUCAUUAUAA